UAUACAUCGCAGGAGAAGGCCGGUCAAAGAGGGCUACGAUUAUCCUGGAUGAAGGGAGAAUCAUAUACAAGCUGAUACAUGCGGAUCCCAUAGGAAGGUCCAGCAGCGAGACUCUGCGCGUGGUGAAGGCGUACAACUUCCACAAGAAGCACGGGGAUGUAUGCCCCCUCAACUGGACUGAAAAAGAGGAAUAA